AGUCGUUACUUAAUGCUGUCUAAGCCCUGUCUAAACUUUCGUAUGAGAGAGACUUUAUUUUGAUUUCCUAGGAGAAAGUUUUAGGUAGCUACUAGGCUAGCAUAAUGUUAAGAAUCGUAGCUUAAUGACUGCCGAAAAAAAACUUCAUGGGUUUAUUUGUAAUUUUUCAGUGUUACAGAUGGCUAUACGCAUGCGCGUGGGAACCUAACGAACUGUUCUUACUCAGUUAAGAUCAAUGAUGUGCAAAAAAUCAUCAAAACAACUGUUUCAAAACAGACAACCGACAUUUUGAAAGGAAUUUUGUUCCUAAGCAACAAAGGGUUUGUGGUAAAAUAUGCAGAACAAGAUGUACAAAUUUUAAAUCGCUAAUAUAUGCAUUGUGCACUCGCCCCAAUCCUCCGAAACAGGUCGUUAAAGCGAAUUGAUAGAGUUGAGCAUGCUAAGCGGUUGUAAAAAAUAAAAACAAACGUGAAAUGUUAGAAAAGAUACAUUAGUGGUAUUAUUGUUAUACAGAAUUGGGAAAGGUGGCGAUGCAGUUAGCGGUGUGUAUAUAGACUUUGUGGCAAAAUCAAUUCCAAUUAUUCAUUUAAACGAUCAGUGUUAGAGAUAUUCAGAGCAAUACGGUUUAAAAGAGAACUAAAACGAACGAACUGGGUAACGUGCUGGUCAUGGGGCUCAGUGAUCUAACUAAUACUUGGUUUGGGAUUGUCUUCAGACGAAAAAAGAUUUUGCGAAGGUCGGCAGUACAACAAGGUUUUUCAAAAUGUCUGAGUACUCAUCAGUUGAUUCAUUUGGGAAUUGGUGCGACCUUAGGCGCCGGAACGUAUGUUGUAACCGGUCAAGUAGCAGCCAACAUGGCGGGACCGGCUGUGGUGAUAUCCUUUACCAUAGCUGCAGUGACAUCAAUUUUAUCUGGUCUAUGCUAUGCUGAAUUUGGAGCACGUGUUCCGCAAACUACUGGAAGUGCUUAUACCUACAGUUAUGUCACAGUCGGCGAAAUAUGGGCUUUUUUUAUUGGUUGGAAUUUAAUUCUUGAGUACAUGAUUGGCACAGCAGCUGAUGCUGCCGCAUUGUCCGGAUCGUUUGAUUAUGUUAUAGGUUACCAGAUAAAAAACUGGACACUAGAAAACAUAGGAACAUUUAAUACUGAAUAUUUAGGAGGCUACCCAGAUAUUUUGUCAUUUAUUGUUACAAUCAUAGUUACAAUUGUGUUAGCUUUCGGUGUUAGAGAAUCUGCUCAUUUUACGGUUGCAUUCAAUAUCUUUAACAUUGUUGUAAUUAUAUUUAUAAUAGUCACCGGAUUAUUUUAUGUCGACAUCAAUAAUUGGACAAGUGGUGCUGGUUUCUUUCCCUACGGAGCGUCCGGUGUGUUAUCCGGUGCAGCCACUUGCUUUUAUGCUUUUGUUGGGUUUGAUAUCAUUGCAACAACCGGUGAAGAAGCAAAAAAUCCAUCAAAAUCAAUUCCGAUAGCUAUAAUAGCGUCUUUGGUGAUUAUAUUUUUAUGUUAUUUCGGCGUUUCUGCUGUUAUUACACUGAUCAUGCCAUUCGACCAAUUAGAUAAACUCUCUCCAAUACCAGCAGCCUUUGCGCAAAGAGGAUUGUCAUGGGCACGCUAUGUAAUUUCAAUUGGUGCAAUAUGUGGUUUAAGUUCGAGUUUGCUGGGAAAUUUAUUCCCUUUACCUCGCAUAAUUUUUGCUAUGGCGCAGGACGGACUUUUAUUUUCGAUGUUUAAGCAAAUGAGUUCGAGAACGUUAGUACCAGUCAACGCCACUAUAUAUCCUGGUAUUUUAACUGCUGUGUUUGCCUUGCUAUUUGAUCUGGCCGAGCUUGUUGAAAUGAUGUCAAUUGGGACACUUUUGGCAUAUACUUUGGUUUCAUUGUGUGUUCUCAUUCUACGAUACCAACCGGACGAAUAUUUUCGUGACGAUCACCAGAUGCAGCCUCUCAUUGAGGCGCAAAGUGGCAGCGAGACUGAAGAACUAGCCGAUGAGGAGAGUUUAGAACGUACUUCUAGUACUGUGAAUGUUCCUAAACGCUCGGAAGAAACCACGGAAGAAGAGACACUUUUUAAUGAGAGCCACUUAAAGACUCCGCCGAGGUUAGAGACAAUCUAUUCACCUAAAAAACUCCCUGAAACUGCUUGUGAUGAUAAAAGUGAGGAAGAAAACAAGCCGUCGAGAUUAGAUCGAGAAAAACACGAUAAACGUGAGCCGACAGAAGUGACUGGUCGUAUUGUGACGUGUGCUUGUCUGACAUUGUUUCUGUGGUUUUUUGGAUUUAAUAGUACGUUGCUAUACGCAUUUGAUCAAAUCUAUGCUAAAGAAAUGUGGGCUAUACUUCUGUUGAUUUUUUUUGGACUUCUUAUGAUAAUAUCUAUAGGCUUAAUUUACACUAUGCCACAGUCAAGUAAAAGAUUUGGAUUUAUGGCGCCGUGUGUACCCGCCUUACCCAUACUAGCUAUAUAUGCAAACACAUUUUUGAUGUUGAAACUGUCCAAAAUAACUUGGAUUCGAUUUGGAGUUUGGAUGGUUCUAGGAACGGGUAUUUAUUUAUUUUACGGAACGUGUCAUAGCAAAGCGGAUAAUGAAGUCACACGUGAAGAAAGGACUUGAAAAUUGUUGUUUUAACAUUUAAUCAGUUGAUUUAUUUACAACUUAUGAUUGAUCUAUUAUCUAACAAAUCUUAGUGCUUUAAAAAAUUUUUUAAAUGCUGUAUGCCUAAUGCACAUUUCCGACAUUUCUGUAGCAUGGCUACACCGUAUUUCUAUUAGCGCCUGGGGAAUUUGUUUAAUUUUGGGACUUUAAUGAGAAUUGCACCUCAACAAAACAGAAAUAAACCUACACACUAUAGUUUAUUAAAGAAAUCCUAAAUAGGUACCGAGCAACGUGUUAUGGCUUGAGCGGUUUUUUGAAAAUAAAGAGGUGCUUGUUCGAGUAAAUGCGAUAUGCUAAAAUUAUAUAUUGCUAAAAUCUUUUUUUAACAUAAUGGACCUGACUUGAUCUUUGUAUGUUUUUCCUAAAUAUUACUUUAGAGCAGCGAAUAAUUCAGGAGUGGUAAUAAACGAAAGAGUGGCCAUUAAAAAUGUAAUAGAAAAUAAUAAAUGGAGGUGGAGCAGAGGUGGUGGAGGGUGGGAAAUAGGAAACAUAGAUACUGCCAUGUUAAUUUUUAUAAUCGAGCUUAUUUGGUUACUCUUGUAUGUGGAGCAACAUCGUUGUUCAUUUUUUUUCUUUAACUUUUAUAUUGCAUUUCAAUAUGCCGUUUUAUUCAAGAAUCCGGAAAGAAUGAUUAUUUGAUACUCUGAAUAACAAUAUUAGAAUAUUCAUUACGUAAUAUUUUCUAGUAUAACUGUAGUUUUGUAUCUUCAGAAAAUAAUAUAGAUUUAAAUAAUACACUCAAUCAUAAUGCCGUGUUUUUCCUGCGCGCAGAAAUGGAGAUAACUUUUCUGCUUAGUUUGUUUUCUGCGCGCGCAUCGGGCUUUAUGUAAUCACUUAGAUGCGUGCGCAAGUAAAUAACGGGACUGUGAUUCCAUGUAUUUAAAUGUCGUUAUUUAUACAUUUCCUCAAAGAGGAACUGGGGAAGAAGUGGAAAUAUUUCCCAUUCUAAAGGUAUUUACAAUUAAAAUUAGAAUACUACUACACUUACUGUGUAGCAAGCUCUACAGACUAAAGGUGGGUUUCCACUCAAACGAAUGUGGUCAAAUCGAUCGACGUCGAUCGCAUCUAUGUUACUAAAAAAAUAGAACAUUGCAUAAUAUUCGUCGAUCGACAUCGACUUGCCGGUGUCACCGUAAAAACAUACUCCCCUAAAAGUUUACUCCCCAGUA